AUGAACUUCAAUCAAAAAAAUAUAUGUACAUACUGAUUUCGCAAAGUGUAUUUUGUAAAGUUCAACAAAUCACAAGACGCAAAAUGUGGUGGGGAUACAGUCCACCUCAAGAUUUACAAACUGAAGUUAUUCAAACAGAAGAUCAGCUCUCUAACAAUCUUGAAGUAUUGAUUGUAGGUGCUGGUGAUGCACGACAUAUCGUCAAGACAAUAGCAUCAUCUUACAUCCAUUCUGAUCGAACUGUUACAUAUCACGUUAUUGAACCGACUUUGGAACAAGUUUGUAGAUCAAUGCUUUUAUUAAAUGUUUGCUUAGAGAAAGAUUUAGGACUACAGGAAGCAACACGAUACUACUUGGAGAUAUUAGGAAACACUUUGUUGAGACCAGCCACAGCAAAAUAUUUAGCAAAAACUGCCAAAAAACUAAUUGACAUUCCAACUCAGACUGUUAAUUGUCCAUGGUUAUCAUUAGAAAACUUUAAGUAUAAGGACAGAGAUAAACUGGAAAGCAUUUUUAAAUUCUGGACACGCGCAACAUGCGAAGGAGUUCCUAUUGUGAACUAUUGGGAUCGCAGAAUUAGAAAUUCAUUGAAAACAAGAUAUGAUUAUAGAGAAGGUGUCUUUGAUUGGGAUUAUCAUAUGAUUUUAAAAUCCAGAUGUAUCACUAAUCUUACUCUACAAGAAUAUAGAUUUUGGAGAAAUAAUGGAAUAGCAUUUACAUGGCUUGAGGGUGAACCGGUUAGAAGCAAUCCAACAUUAUUAAGCAAUAUAAUACAACAUGGACCUGGUUUCUUACAUUAUGCAUAUUUGGGAGAUAUUGUAAAUGGUCCGUUUUUUACUUGGGCUGCAAUGGAAGGAAAAGAAAAUAAAAAGCUUAGAGCAACUGAUAUCGCUGAACGAGAAGUAAUGCGUGUGAUUCAUGAAAUAAGAACUAAGGAGCCAUUGUGCGAAGACUACGUCGGUGCUCACAGAGAUGCUUCUAUUCUCAACGGUAUUAUAAUAACUGAAAUGCCAGACACCGAAAUGGAAAAUGAAUCAUGGACAAAAGUUGAGAAUAAACCUGACAAACUGGCUAAUGAAAAGAUUACUUGGGUGGAUAUACCAAAUCACAAGAUAAUCUUUCAUCCUGCAACAUCUCUGGAAACUCUCAAGUCUAAGAGCGACUAUGCAAAUAGAUUUCAUCUGAUUUGGAUAGCACACAACAUGACAAAGCAGAUUGCGAAUCUGACUCCGUUGGCGUCAACAGGCGCGUCAGUGAUUAUAGAGUUGCGUAAACAUAUGGUAGAACUACGCAAAGAGGAUUUACAAACAUUCAACAAAGAACUAAGAGAGAUCACGCAAGAAAGCGGGCUUUGUUUACUAUCUGAUUUUGAUUCAAACGAGCAUGUUAUUGCUCGUUUCAGGAAGAUUUAAGACAUCAAAUGGUAUGGCUUGGUAAAUAUUAGAAAUAUGUAUAUAAAGCUGUUUAAUCGAUCUAAAAUAAAAAGUCCC